AUGGCCAGUGCUCGCAGAAUGGCCGUGGCGGCCUUCAAUGGCUGUCGGCGGUCAGCGAACCAGCCAUUCACACUGGGCACGCGACGCUGGUACUCGGCCUCUGCCACCACCGCGCCACUGCCUCUGGAGGGAUACCGCGUACUGGACAUGACGCGAGUUCUUGCCGGUCCUUAUUGUACACAGAUCCUGGGCGAUCUUGGUGCCGAAAUCAUCAAGAUUGAGCACCCUGUGCGCGGUGACGACACAAGAGCUUGGGGCCCUCCAUAUGCCCAGUACACAGAAGAAUCCGGUAAAUCGGGCCCUGGCGAGGCAGCUUAUUUCCUUGGUGUAAACCGCAACAAAAAGUCCAUUGGCCUCUCAUUCCAACACAAGGAUGGUGUCGAUAUUCUGCACAAGCUUGUUGCCAAGUGCGAUAUUCUCGUAGAAAAUUACCUGCCCGGCACCUUGAAGAAGUACGGCAUGGACUAUGAGACACUUCGCAAGAUCAACCCGGGCCUCAUCUACACCUCGAUUACUGGCUAUGGCCAGACCGGUCCCUAUUCCAGCCGUGCCGGAUACGACGUCAUGGUUGAGGCCGAGUUUGGCCUCAUGCACAUCACUGGCGCUCGCGAUGGUCCACCCGUCAAGGUCGGCGUCGCCGUCACAGACUUGACAACUGGUCUGUAUGCCAGCAACAGCAUCAUGGCAGCUUUAUUGGGACGAGGCAAGAGCGGCAAGGGCCAACACAUCGAUGUCGCUCUCAGCGAUUGCCAGACUGCGACUCUCGCAAACAUUGCCAGCAGCUGUCUCAUCAGCGGCAAGCGAGACACCGGCCGAUGGGGAACCGCACACCCUUCCAUUGUUCCCUACAAGUCGUUCAAGACCAAGGAUGGUGACAUCCUUUUUGGCGGCGGCAACGAUCGCCUCUUCGGCAUCCUCGCCGAGGGCCUCGGCAUGCCCCAGUGGAAGGGCGACGCCAAGUACAAGACCAACGCCGACCGAGUGGCCAACCGCAUCGAGCUCGAGGAUAAAAUCGAGGCUCUCUCGCAGCAAAAGACCACCAAGGAGUGGCUCGCCAUCUUUGAGGGUACGGGCAUGCCCUACGCUGCCGUCAAUGAUGUCCAAGACACGCUCAACCUCGAGCACACCAAGGCCCGUAAUAUGGUGGUCGAGGUCGAGCAUGGCGGUUGCGGUCCUAUCAAGCUGGUAAACUCGCCUGUCAAGUUCUCCGAGACGCAACCGGGUGUGCGCACGCCGCCGCCCACGCUAGGCCAGCACACCAACGAGCUGUUGGCUGAGCACCUCGGCAUGAGCGAGGUCGACAUUACUGCACUGAAAGAUCAAGGGGUCAUUGGAUAA